AACAAAAAAGACUUUUUUUUUAUCGUUUGUAUCCAUGGAAAAUGUGGAAUAAUUUUGUCCCUCAUAGAAAAUAAGAAAAAAAAGAAAAGAAAAUAAAUAAUAAAAAUUUCGAAAAAAAAAAACACCAACUUCCCCUUUUGUCUUCUCCUAGUGUAUAAUAAGGUUUGAGUAUGGUUUGCUUCUCUUUUACUUAAAACUCAAAACUCAACAAAGCCUCAAGAAGAAGAUCAUUUGUCAUCUCCAUUUCUUUGAUUUCCUACCAAAUUUGGGACACUUUUCCUGUUUUCUCUGGCCUAAGAUAGAUUGAAGUAGGUUUGUUGAUCUCAUAAUGGGUUCUGGAGAUUGGUUCAAGACAAAGAUUUUUAGAAAGAAGGUGAAGCUUGACAAAGCAAAACAAUCAAAGGGAUCUUCAGCUUCCGACAAGCCAAAAAACAGUGCUAAUGGUGGUCGGGUCAGCAAUAAAACUAAUGGCACUCUUGUGAAACUCAGUGAAAAUGAUGCAGCAACGAAGAUACAGACUGCUUUCAGGGCCUAUAUGGCAAGGAAGGCAUUACGGCGUAUGAAAGGGGUAAUGCGAUUUCAGAAAUUGACACAGUUCCAGUCUGUUAAGAAGCAAUCGACAAAUACAUUGAAUAAUCUUCAUUUAUGGAGUAUGGUACAAACUCAAAUUAGAGAUCGUCGCCAGUGUAUGGUAAUUGAAGGCCGUAUCAAACAAAAAAAGCUAGAGAACCAAAUGAAGCUUGAGGCAAAGUUACAUGACUUAGAGGUGGAAUGGAACGGUGGUGCUGAGACCAUGGAGGAGAUUCUAGCUAGGAUUCAUUAUAGAGAAGAAGCAGCUGUGAAACGGGAGCGAACCUUGGCCUAUGCAUUCUCUCAUCAAUGGAGGGCAAACUCUAGUCAAAAUCAAGGUCCUGAUGCUUCUGAACUAGGUAAAGCUGAUUGGGGUUGGAGCUGGAAGGAACGGUGGAUUGCUGCUCGUCCAUGGGAAAGUAGAUUGCCAUCUCAGUCCAUCAGCCCUAAGAAGGGCCAAAAUAAGCUUACAAGCAAGGCUCGGAAAAGCAAUAACUCUACUACAGCUACAACUACAACUACAAAAAAAUCAUUUCCUGCUAAAUCUGCAGUACCUAACGGUAAGGCAGCAACUGGAAAUGGUCGAAGGGUGUCCUUCCCAGGAGCGGAAAAAGCAGCCAAGAAAGAAUCAAACCACAAAGUGCAAGAAAAAAAGCGUGAAUCAUUGUCUUAGAUGUAAAAAUAUACAGGUCAUCAAGCGUUUGUGUAAAAUUUUCUAUGGUUUUCAUUCGAAAAUGCUCUAUUUUUACUCUUUCCAAUCUAUAUUUAAUGUUGCGUAUACAGGGGUGGUGUGAAAAAUAUGUUUUGCCUACUGAGGCUGAAUAUGUCGUCUGUAUUCUUUUUUUCUUUCCUUACAGCGUCCUUUCUAUUUGUAAAUGUUGAAGAGAAUCAUACUAUUUAUAAUGUAAAUAGACGAUAUUUUUUUGGAGAGAUUACUCGGGAUGUAAUUGAAGGACGUUUCUUAGAUUGCUUGCUUCA